AAGUAUAAAACGUUCAUGGUGCAUUGGGGAAUGAGAGCGAGAGGAGGGAUUGUCGGUCUACAACAGUUCGUUUCUAUAGAGAGUGGUCAGCAUGCGCUCAUUUGGGCGGUCACUCUUGCUCGGUGCUGUUUUGGCAUCUGCUAAACACCUCAAACCCUCCAAACACACCUGCCAAACGAUCCUCACUUGCCCGGAAGGGACAAUCUUUGUCUCCAAAACAGACCCCUCUGCCCAUUUCACCACCGUUCAAGACGCCAUCUCUUCUCUUCCGAAUGACAACUCUACCCAGACAAUCCUUAUUCUUCCAGGAACGUACGAGGAACAAGUAAACGUCACUCGAUCUGGACCGAUUACGCUCCUCGGCCAGACUGAUGAUCCCAAAGAUGCUACAAAAAACAAAGUUACCCUCACGUGGGCCCAAGCGAACCAUGACAACACCGGCAAGGCAGUGGACAAUGUCUUCUCGAGCGUUUUGACCGUAGCGCCCACACUGGAAGCAAGCUACACGGGGUCCGGCACGACAGGGUACCCCGUGCCAGAGGAUACACCGUUUGGAAAUGUAGAUUUCCGUGUGUAUAACGUUGAUUUCACGAAUACGUGGCGAGAGUAUUCCGAUGGGCCGGCACAUGCGAUCAGCUUUAGUCGCGCCAAUGGCGGAUUCUAUCACUGUGGGUUCUAUUCGUAUCAGGAUACUGUUUACGUGGGUAAACUCGGCAACGCCUACUUCUAUAAAAGCAUCAUCGCCGGACAAACAGACUUCCUCUACGGCUUCGGCACUGCCUGGAUUCAAUCUUCUGAAAUCCUUCUGCGCAACUGCGGUGGUGGUAUCACAGCCUGGAAAGGGACCAACACCACCUUCACUAACAACUACGGCGUGUACAUCGUCGAUUCCACCGUUAAGGCAGCCAAUGCAUCCAUUGCCCCCGAAAUCAAGGGUAGAUGCGCCCUAGGCCGUCCGUGGAAUAGCCUGCACCGGUCCGUAUUCGCAUGCACCUCAGAAGACGCAAGUAUCCUCCCUAGUGGGUACAUCGACUGGAUUGUUGACGGCCAAGGUCGACAGAGCAAGGAAACCGUCAUGGCAGAGUACAGGACUUUUGGACCGGGCUACAAUGCUACCGGUCGAAGGGACGGCAACGUCACGAGAGUACUGGACGACAAAGAGUACACGCGAUACAGUUCUCCAGCAAGAGUCUUCCAGUAUCCAGAUGGCAAACUGGGAAAUAUCGGCUGGAUCGAUCAGAGCAUUGCCAUACCAAUGACUAAUUAACUACUUUAACCCUUAACAUACAAAUACACCCAACCACGCUCAACCAUAUCAUA